AUGGCCAUAGAGUAUGUUGGAUGCAUAACUGUCUGUGGGCUGGUCGAGCAUCACGCUAACAUUUGCCAGCGCGAUGUCGAUAAAGAGAAGCAUCUCAAGCGUCUUCACCAAACCACACCAUGGAUUGAAUCCCCGCUUGUAGGCGCAGAUCACAACUCUCUCGUCUUCUCGCAGCGAUCCGAAGCCAACAGCAUUGAACUGUUCUUCGAUCUCUUCUUCGUAGCCAAUCUCGCAACUUUUACGGCAUACCACUCCAUCACCGAUGGUGACUACCUACUCGGGUACAUUGGCUUCUUCGGCAUUCUAUGGUCGACAUGGUUCCAGAUCACGCUACACGAUGUGCGGUUUGCUAGAGACUCGCUGUAUGAGCGCAUCUGCAAGACAAUCCAAUUCAUCUGCUUUGUGGGCCUGGCGCUCGUGGGCUCGCAGUUCAAUCCUGCAAGUCGCAAGGGAGACAACAUCGUGAGUACGAUGACACUGGGCGGAGGGCUGCUGGCUUUCCAGUACUUGGUCGUGCUCUUCUUCACAUGGAGAGCCCGCUAUGCCAAGCUGUAUCUCCCGCUUGGUCUCAUGUUCCUGACCUAUGCUGUCGCAAUGGCUGCUUUUGCUGCAAUGACACCAGCUUUCAAGGGCGUUCAAAACAAGCACCACCUGGUCUACCUGGUCUGGUACGUCGUUGCCGCGGUUGAAGCCAUUGCAGUCAUCAGUAUCUCUUCCUGUUGGCGCAUGCUCAGCUUCAAGAAGACGCAUCUGAUGGAGCGUAUGAGCCUACUCACCAUCAUCGUCAUUGGUGAAGGAGCCAUUGGAGCGACCAAGACUGUCAGCAGACUGAUGGGCAAGCAUGGCCUUGAUGUUGAAGGCUGCUUCUUGAUCAUGUGCAUCAUCAUCAUUCUAGUCUUCAUCUGGGCUUUGUACUUCGACAACUUCCCGCACGGCCACUACGGAACCAUCCGCCAACAAAUCUGGUCUCUCCUACACUUCCCCUUCCAGCUCGCCAUCGUCGGCGUUGUCGAAGGGUCGCAACAACUCGCCAUCGCUCGCUACACGAUGAAAACCAUCUCCAAAAUCGGCAAGGAACUGACCCAGCUUUGCGACGUGGAAAGACUCGAUGGGACGGAGCUCCGCGACGGCCUCCUAUCCAUCCUACACUACUUCGAGCUCGACGGCAAACUCGAAACCAUGAAAUUUUUCCACGACGCGCAGUCGGCCAUUUUCAAAAUGGGCAACAGCACGGGUAUCUGCGCAACGGUGACAGAUGACUGGCCGCAGGAGCUUUGGAACGUGAGUUCCUCGAUAUCCAACGGCCUCUACGUCGGUCUGGGCAUAAAGAUCCCCGUGAAGAAACUGGAACACGGCUUCCAGCCCCUAGACAUCGCGCUCGAGAGCUGGGAACUCGUGUACAUGUACUACUGGGCAUGUUUCUGCGUGCUCAUCCUAUGCCUGACAAUCUUCCUGUUCCUAAUCCGCCGCCACAAGGUGGACUUGUUCGACUACACAUCCAUCAUCUCGCGGGUCAUUGUGCUGGGCGUGGGCUCCGCGCUGCUCGGCUUGUACGCGAACAAGGCUGCACUCUACGCCGCGCUGCAAACGGCAUUACUGCUUCCGAUCUGCGUUAUACUCCUCUUCCUCGUGCUCGUGUCGGAUAAGUUGAGUUCGAUGUGGUGUAAUUCGCGGCUGAAGAAGAGCGGAGAGCCGUAUGUGUUGGAAGUCGAGGAGCAUCAUCACAAGGACAGCCAAUUAUUCGGAUUCGACGCCGCUGGCGACGAGCACCGAGUAUCAUGGGCACCAUGGGUUUGCGAUGGAGUCGCUAAGCACGCCGCCGCUGUUGAGCCCAGAGCAUACGACGACGCCGGGAGCGAAGCCAGUUGGGCCUGGGGAAUACAUGCCGGCUGGCACGGGACGAGAACAUUCCGUCUGAGUGUGUUUACCACGGAGACGAAGAUUUUCUUUGUCAUUUGA